AUGAAGAUUUGGGCUCUUGUUCUCAUUAGCAUGCGGCUACAAGUCGUGCUAUGUGCUCAAGGCCGCUACGCUCAGAAGUUGCUGAACGAUCUGAUGGAGAAUUACUCCAAGGCCCUGCGGCCUGUAGAGGACACAGACAAGGCCCUCAAUGUCACGCUGCAGAUUACACUCUCACAGAUCAAAGAUAUGGACGAGAGAAACCAGGUGCUGACCACAUACUUAUGGGUCCGGCAGAUCUGGCAUGAUGCUUAUUUGCACUGGGACAAGGAGGAGUACGAUGGCUUAGAGGUCAUACGCAUCCCGAGUGACCUCGUCUGGAGGCCCGACAUUGUCCUUUACAACAAUGCUGAUGAAGAAGACUCGUCAGGUCCACCUGACACUAAUGUGGUGUUACGGUAUACGGGUGAGAUCACUUGGGAUGCUCCUGCCAUCACUAAGAGCUCAUGUGUGGUGGAUGUUUCUUACUUCCCCUUUGACAGCCAGCAGUGCAACCUCACUUUCGGCUCCUGGACCUAUAAUGGCAAUCAGGUGGACAUCACUAUGGGCGGGAUGGAGGGUGGUGAUCUUUCAGACUUUGUGGAGAAUGUGGAGUGGGAAUGUCACGGCAUGCCAGCCGUGAAGAACGUGAUCAUGUACGGCUGCUGUUCAGACCCCUACCCGGACAUCACCUACACGGUGCUGCUAAAACGGCGCUCCUCCUUUUACAUCUACAACCUGCUGCUGCCCUGCUUCCUCAUCUCAUUCCUGGCUCCACUGGGCUUCUACCUACCUGCGGACUCGGGAGAGAAAGUCUCUCUUGGGGUCACCGUGCUGCUGGCCCUCACUGUCUUCCAGAUGAUGGUGGCUGAGAGCAUGCCACCGUCCGAGAGCGUGCCGCUCAUUGGUAAGUACUACAUUGCGACAAUGACAAUGAUCACGGCCUCCACCUCUCUGACAAUUUUUAUCAUGAACAUUCACUUUUGUGGUGCAGAGGCCAAACCAGUGCCGCAGUGGGCCAAAGUCUUGAUCAUCGACUACAUGUCCAAGAUCUUCUUUGUGUAUGAGGUGGGGGAAAACUGCACUACCCCUGAAAGCGAGCAUGGCCCAAUCUUCACUGAGGACCCUAUGGCCAGCCUGGAGAGAGAUGGCUACUUUGACAGUAGUUUCUAUGGUGAUAUCGGGUGUGGUGAUGGGCCCCAUCAUCAAUUUAACAGGUACAACGAUUGUAGUAGAGAUUGUUGCCGUAGCACUAAUCACCAUAGAAAUGGAUACCACCAUGGUAGCCCACAUGGGCACCAUGCAACGGAGUGUAUACCUCCACAAUUUUCACUGAAACAGAAAACACAGCGGCCCAAGUACAUACACCACAUUGGACGAGAUGGUAAUGCUGUACACCCCAUGCAUCAAAGUGAGGAGAAACUGAAACAAAGUGAUCUCUCCAUUCCGGAAAAACUCAAUGUGUAUUCUUAUGAACAUGGCAACAGCUACCCCAAUGGCAACAGCUAUCACCAUGACAAUGGCUACAGCAAACCAUAUGCAAUGGAAGACUAUGGUAAAGGACCUGAUGCAGCUGGGUGCACCUGUGUGUGUGGCCAGCAUCAAAAAGUGGUGCGCAAUAUUGAGUAUAUCGCCAACUGCUUCAGGGAACAAAGGUCGCACCAAGCCAAAGGGGCAGAGUGGAAGAAGGUUGCCAAGGUAAUGGACAGGUUCUUCAUGUGGGUCUUCUUCAUUAUGGUCUUCCUCAUGAGCAUUCUCAUUAUGGCGAAGGCAUCCUGA